AUGAUUCCAAUGCUCAAAAUGCUCUACAAGACAUUCGCAGUAGCUUUUCUCAUUCUGUGUGCGCACAAGUAUUCAUCGUCUUUCAAUAGUGUUUGCUUCCAAAAAAUGGAAGAUGGCCCAUGUAGGGCUCUACACCGACGAUAUUAUUACAACUCGACUGUCGGUUCAUGUCUUAUGUUCCACUAUGGAGGAUGCUAUGGUAACGAAAAUAACUUCCUAACGAAAGAGGAGUGUCAGGAAGCCUGUGGACAAAGCGGCCGAUUCAAUCCAAAUGACUGCAACGUGCCAAGCGAGACAGGAAAAUGCCGGGCUGCCUUCAAACGUUACUUCUAUAAUAAGGAGACUGGAGUAUGCGAAAUAUUCACAUAUGGCGGUUGUAAUGGAAAUGGAAACAAUUUCCAGACUGAGGAAGAAUGUCAGGCCAAAUGUGGAACAUAUGUUAGAACCACUACCACUAGAACCACCACUACAGGUGCGUCAGAUGACAGUAUAAAAGACAACAACUGGAUACGUGAUGUCAUAGUCAAUAUGCUCGGAUUAAAGAAUUUGUGGGGAAGAAUUACAAGAACAAUGGAAUAAAUUUCUCAAAGUAUAUUUUAUAUUACCCAAUAAUUACAUAUUCUAACUUGUAAACAGUAAAGUUUUAACUUUCCAACAUUCCUAAUGGCUUUCAUUUCAGUUUGCUUUAAUCCGCGUGUAGUAAAUUUACACAAUGCAAACUAUAAUAUCUCUUGAUUCUAUCGGUGCUGCCAACAACAGAGAAAUAAACACCACCGAACUGUGUAUUUGCUUUUCAAGUUUAUUCUCCAAUCUCACUUUUAAAAUACAUCAUUAAAUGAGACUUAAGACAUUUACACAACUUUGUUUUCACUGACUUCCAUAUUAAUUCAUCUACAUAUAACUUGAAUAAACAACAAUAAGCCAAGAAUUGGUGAUUUAUUCUUCAUUAGCAUACUGAAUAAUGAAAUUCUGAAAGCUGAGUGAAACAAAUCGACCGCUUUUUUUGAAUUAAUGUUGAAUCUUUAACGAGAGUUCUUCCGAACCUGUGUUAGAAUAGCCUGUUAUCAUGUUUUUAAUUUCAGCUAAGAUAUUUCAACAAAUCUCUUUAUUUAUUUUGUGACAAAAAGAAGUGGUCUUAAUAUGAAGAUCCAGAAUUGGUAAAUGAAUUCCUUUUGGCCUAUAGAAAGCGUAUUGUAUAUGUAACCUGUUAAAGCAACAACCACUAAAAGAACAUCAGCCGGUCUCUUAGACAUGAUAUGCAAGGCCCUGAAGCCGUCCACAAUUUUUUGUGCGUUGAAGAUCCAGCGGUAGAGUAUUUGCAAAUGUUCGUAAGAGGAGUUCCUAUUUUAGAUUGGUGAAUGGAGCACUCAUGAACUCUGUCUAGCUUAGACGUUGAUUGUAAGCCCAAAUAAGAUACAAGGCUUCCACUACUGAUAAUAGGGAAGAACCUAUGAAAACACCAGCAAUGCUACUGAAAGGUCAAGUAUGAAGACCCAUGUAAC